AUGAAUAAUUCAAAGUAUAAUGGAAACGUUCAUCCAGAUGAAUGGAUAAAUGAUAUCCAAAAUCAUUUCAAACUUGAUUGUUCAAAAGCUUUAUCAUUAGUUGAUGUUAGCAUUCAACUUCCAAGUGGAAUUGAUAGUUUUGAAAAACUUCGUGAUGCGCUUAAAGAGGACAUUUCCUUUACGAUAUUUAAGGAAAAAAAUAAAAAGAAAUUACAAUCAUUAAAAUAUAUUCCUGAGAGUGAGGGUGAUGAAACUUCAAAAUUUAUUUUGGAUUUUCGAAAAUUAUGUUAUAAUGCUGAGAUUAAUGAUAUAGAAGAACAGAAGAGAUAUCUUUAUUUAUCACUACCAGAUGAAAAUGUUUUAGAUGGAUCUUAUAAGAUGAGGGAUGUUAAUUCAACAAAUGAAUUAAUCAAAGAAUUUGAGAGAAUUAUUAAGUAUCAUUAUGGUGAUUUAAUUAGAAAAGGAUCUAUUAUAGCUUUAAAACAUGUUGCUACAGGAAAAUAUUUAAGUUCAAUUCGUGGAUUAAAUUAUACGACUGGAAGUGAGGCUCAAUUAGUUUUUGUAAAAGAUUUGCUUGAUUCGGAUGCUUUAUGGAAAAUCACAUUUACGAGCGAUCAAAAACUAGCUUCUUACGCCGAUACCAAUAUAUAUUUAAAACACAAAAAUUCUAAUAUCUUUCUUGGAAUUUAUGGUGGUUAUUAUAAAUCUCCGGUAACUCAGCACACGGAAGAAAAUUAUCAAGGAUAUUUGAGAUCGAAUGAUAUUAUUAAUCUUAGUGCUACUAAGAGUAGUAUUCGACGAAUAUAUUUACGGAGUCAUGAUAUUCGGUUUACUAUUAAUAAAGAUACUUUUCAAGAAGUUGUCUGCCAUAAUGAAAGGUUAGGAGGUAAUGAUGAGGUAUCUUAUAAAGCAGAAAUAAAAGUUUAUAUUAUAAAAUAUAAUAAUUUUAAACCAAAUUCUUCGGUUGCUCAUCAUCUUCGACUUUGGAGACAUUGA